GCAUGCCUGCUGCUAGGAUACGGCUCUCUAUUAUAUAGAAUCGCAGCUGCCGAGCGUGAGCCAAAAGCUCUGAUCAACAUUGGCUUCCCGAAUUACAUCCGCUUAGGACGCCUCGUACAAAGUGUAUCGGAAAUACUGGAUUCUGCUGCUCGUUUCAAGUGGUUUGGUUGUCGGAUUACCGAAGUCAUCGACGCAGUCCAAUAGUGAAAACUGCUUUGACAAGUCCAACAUAGACGAUAUCCAGGAUACCAUUUACACAGCAGCGAUAAGUGCGUGUACUGUUAGACCGAUAGUUGCAAAAGAACUGGAAGCGGAAGUUCAAGGAGAUAUGAAGACUGUUUGGGUUAUCGGCGGUCCAGGAUGUGGCAAGGGGACGCAAUGCGAUCGUAUAAUCGCCAAGUAUGGAUUUUUACAUUUGAGCAGUGGAGAUCUUCUAAGAGAUGAAGUUGCCAGUGGUAGUCAAAGAGGAAGUUCUCUUCAGGAACUUAUGUCUAAGGGUCUUUUCGUACCAACUGAUGUAGUACUGGACCUCAUUAAGGAAAAGAUGAACAAAGCUCGUGAAGAUGGUUCGACGAAAACUGGUUUUCUCAUUGAUGGUUAUCCGAGAGAAUUGAAUCAAGGUUUACAAUUUGAAAAAGACGUGGCUCCAGUGGAUUUAAUUAUUUUCUUUGACGUGAAAAACGAGACGCUGAAAAAGAGACUCCUGGGAAGGGCAGCGGUAUCUAAGAGAGUUGACGACAACGAGGAAACGAUUAACAAGAGGAUUGAAAUAUUUAACGUAAAGAAUGGUGAAAUCGUCGAGCACUACAAGGACAAAGUGAUCAGGAUUAACGCCGAGGGCUCAGUCGAUGAUAUAUUUUCGGAAGUCUCCAAAGCGCUAGACAAACUGCUAUCCGCAUAAUCAUAGAUUCACUUUUCAAUUAGGAACUGUUUAAAUCUGUACAAAUUUUGUACAAAUAAUACUUAAGAUUUUAACAUAUUCUUUUAGCUCAAAAAGCACGGCAACGUUGACGUGGAUAAUUAGCACGAUAGCUGCAAUUGAAUUUUUCGUGCAGUCACAUUACAUUGAUACAGUCAAAAAGCAAUAUUCGAUUAAUAUUCCUGGCGGAGAAAUGUGCUCGUUAUUGAUAAAAUGAUGAGAUCAGCAACGUCUCAGAAUGAGGGUGUCACUAUUUAUAUUAUAAUAAGGUUAUUGGCUGAAUGGACGUCUUUAGAUAAUCUCAAGGAAACGACUGUUCUUGUCCUUGGCAUGCGUCCAUGUGACUAGCGUUGUUAGGUAGUAGCCUUCGUGCUCUUGCUACGUGCUACGAAAUAUUAUUAUUAGACAAAUAAAAUAUUGUUAAACAAAGUUCAAGAAACAUUUGACUUAAGGAAAAGUUUCUUACUCUGGUUCAAUUUAAUUUUGUCAUUAUUCUCCAGUAAGAAAUCGCAGCGACGUAAGCCUGAAAUAAAAGGAAUUAAAAUAUUGUUACAGUA